AUGCUUCAUCUCAAAGAUCCACCUGCUACUAAAGUUCAUCAAGACGACUUUUCCCCGGGCAAGGGGAAUGCCUUGCAGGCUUGUGUCGCUUCCUUGUUUGAUCAACCCUUGGAUGAGGUUCCCAACUUUAUCGAACUGGACUGUGGCUAUGAACAGGGGAUACAAGACUACUUACAACAGAACAAAUCUAGCUACACGGCUGUCAAGAAGAAACCCAGCAACGACAACACGGACAAUGACACCGGGAAGCUCUGUAUUCUGCGAGGCAAAUCACCUCGUGGUGACUUUGGGCACGUGAUUGUGGCCAGGGUGGUGGAAGGAGGGGAUAAAGAGACAACCUUCACGCCCGUGCACGACCCUCAUCCCGAGGGAACCUUUCUGGAUAACAGUGAACCAUUUGGAUGGUACAUGACUUUUGAGAAGGCUUGA